AUGACUCCUCCAACAAUGUUACAAACUGCUCAAGUUGAUACUUUUGACUUAAGUCCGAUGAAGAAAAAUAUCAUCAAUUUAUCAUCAAAUGCCUCCAAUGGUGAUGUCAAAUUUGCAGAUUGGGAUAAGUUUGACUUCACUCCGAUUAGGGAAUCAACUGUUUCAAGAGCUAUGACUAGAAGAUAUUUUCAAGAUAUGGAUACCUAUGCAGAAUCUGAUAUUGUCAUUAUUGGUGCUGGAUCAAGUGGAUUAACUGCAGCUUACGUAUUGGGAAAGGCAAGACCAGACUUAAAAAUAGCCCUCAUAGAAAGUAACAUAUGCUGUGGUGGUGGAUCAUGGGUAUCAGGUCAAUUACUUUCUGCACAAGUUUUUCGUAAACCUUCACAUGAAUUUUUGGAUGAAAUCAAUGUGGAAUAUGAAGAUGAGGGUGAUUAUGUUGUUGUUAAACAUGCUGCUUUAUUUAUCUCAACAUUAAUUUCAAAGGUCUUGCAAUUUCCAAAUAUUAAAUUAUUCAAUGCUACUACGGUUGAGGAUUUCAUUACUAGACGUGAUGAAGUUACUGGUGAAAUUAGAGUUACGGGAGUUGUAACCAAUUUUACACUUGUUACGAUGCAUCAUGACGAUCAAAGCUGUAUGGAUCCUAAUACAAUCAAUUGCGACGUUGUUCUCUCGCUGUCGGGACAUGAUGGUAGGUUUGGAGCCUUUAGUGCCAAGAGAUUAGCAGAGAUUGUUAAACCAGUGAAGGAUUUCAAUGGUAAAGAAAUUCCAACUGCUACAAAGUCUUCAGAUUUUCAAUUACACAAUAUGAGAGGAUUAGAUAUGAAUUUAGCUGAAAAAAAUGUUGUUAAGGGUUCCCAAGAAUGGUUUCCUGGUGUUGUUUUUGCAGGAAUGGAGGUUGCAGAAAUUUCGGGUUGUAACAGAAUGGGUCCGAUUUUUUCAGGAAUGAUUGUUUCUGGUAUCAAAGCUGCUGAAUCAGUUUUGAAUGUUUAUGACAAGCGUAGGGCUCAAAAUGAAAAAUGUUACGGAGGUAGAACUCACGCGACUUAG